CCUCGAAGACAGCGGCGGAGGAAAGGCUGCUGCUGCUGAGGAUCCCGGCGUGCCAAAGUGUAAAGGGGGCGCCCGCGGUUGCUGGCCGAGAAGCCUCUCCCCGCCGAUAGCCUGGAUCCCCAACCCGCCCCUACCUGGUGCGCUCAGCGAGGCGGAGCGCUCGGGGCUUUCGAUCUUCCUGGGACGCGAACAGGCCCCAAAACUCAGACAAUACAAUGGACUGGGGAACCCUGCAAUCUGUUUUAGGAGGGGUGAACAAACACUCCACCAGCAUUGGGAAGAUCUGGCUGACUGUUCUUUUCAUCUUCCGUAUUAUGAUUCUCGUAGUUGCUGCAGAGGAAGUCUGGGGUGAUGAGCAAGAUGACUUUGUCUGCAAUACUUUGCAACCAGGAUGCAAAAAUGUCUGCUACGAUUAUUUUUUCCCAGUUUCUCACAUCAGACUGUGGGCCCUGCAGCUCAUUUUUGUUUCUACUCCUGCACUUUUGGUGGCCAUGCACGUGGCAUAUAGACGGCAUGAAAAGAAAAAAAAAUUCCAAAAAGGAGAUAAAAAUUGUGAAUUCAAGGACAUAGAAGAAAUAAAGAGACAGAGGUUCCACAUCGAGGGUCCUUUGUGGUGGACAUACACUGCCAGCAUCUUAUUCAGGCUGAUAUUUGAAGCUUCUUUCAUGUAUGUGUUUUACUAUAUGUACCAGGGGUAUCACAUGCCUCGCCUACUGAAAUGUAGCAUUUGGCCAUGUCCCAAUAUAGUGGAUUGUUUUGUUUCCCGACCCACCGAAAAGACAAUAUUUACCAUUUUUAUGAUUUCAGUGUCUGGCAUUUGCAUUCUACUAAAUGUAGCAGAAUUCUCUUAUUUGUUGCUGAAGUUUUGUGUUAGAAGGUCUCGAAAAGGAAAAAUACCCAAAAAUCAUGCCAUCCAGGGGAACAAAGAAGAAAGCAAACAAAAUGAAAUGAAUGAGCUUAUAUCAGAUAGCUGCCAGAAUACAGUAACACCAUUUACAAACAACUAGAGUGAUCAAAAGUCUAAUAUGCAUUUGAUGUAGAGUAACUGCAUAACCACCUUCAUAAAGCUGCUAUGAAAGUGGUUAGAUUUGAUUAAGCAAUAAAGUAACAGGUAAACAAGAGUAUUACUACAUGUUCGAGCUAGACAUGUUUUCUAAGGUCAAUACUGACAUAAGAAUGUUGAAGAUUUUAAGAUGAUGUGAUUUACUUUAUGUAUAACUUUACCAGAUCUAUUUUGAUUUGUUAAAGUAAUCCUAAUUAGUGCCUUCAUACUGAAAUUAAUCUUUAAACUAAAGAGAUGGAAUUAACUGCCUUACUGAUUAAAUACUGUUAGUAUUACAAGACCCUUUACCACUGUGGUAGAUGUUCUACUUUUUCAUCUAAAUUAAAUUAACAUAUUUUUCUAAGGACUGAUACAGUAUUCCAUAUUUCUUGAUGUUAAGACAUAUGAUUAAUUAAUGUCUCUUUUUUAUUUUGAUUUCUAUAAACGAACAAAAUGCUAAUGUCUUCACUGUAAUGUGAUUGGAAAGCAAACAUUUUAAAUCAUGAGCAAUAAAUAAUUCCAUGAAUAUUCUGUCUAAUGCCAGUUAUAAAAUCUCCUUGUGUUGUAAUAUAUUAGUUAUAAUUUUUAAAAAGAUACCGAAAUAGUGUUUCAUUGGCUACAGAGCAUAUCCAUUAUUUUUAUUAUUUUUUAAAUAUUAUUAUUAAACCAUAAAUGGAAAUGAUAAAAUUAAGAAAGGCAGUGGUAGUUGGCUGAAAAUAAUGUGAAGAAUAUGUCUGUCAGCAACAUUUAAAUCAACUUGCUCUAAAUAAAAGAAAAAUGUUUUGACUUCCUGUAAA